AUGGUUGAAAAGGAGAACCUUGUAGAGAAAAUAGUGAUUGUAGAAAAAGAAAUAUUAGAAAACUAUUAUGCCAUUGAUCAAUUGGACAAAAGGAUAACGAGUUAUAUCAGAGAAAGAAUAAGUGAGAUUAAUUCAGAUGAGGAUGACAUAAAACUUAAAAAAGCUCAAACCAAAUUGAUCAAAAGUUAUCGUGCUUUAAAAUAUGAACAAGACCAUAACCCAAAAUUAGAAAAACAGUUAAAGGAAAUCUAUAAUCAAACUCAAGAAAUUAAACAAAAAGCAGAUAUUGUUAAUGCAAAAGAUGAGGAUUAUCACAAACAUACAUACAACCUUACUAAAAUUGACUCACAAAUUCGUACACUACAAGAAACAUUCACUUCUUUAUACACAAAAAAACUUAGUUUACAAGAAAAAAUUAACACAUUAUUAGAACAAGAAAAUUCAUUAAAAGAUGAGCUUGACAAAAUAAAAGAAGAUAGUAACACAAUACAACAAACUAUAGAACAUAAAGAGAUAGAGUUAGAAGAUAAAAGUAAUGUAAUUAGUCAAUUAAAAAAUCAAGAAGAAGAAAUUAGAGGAGAUAUUAGACAAAUUCAGAGAGAAAUUAAUGAACUUGAGAAAGAACAAAAACAAAUUCAAAAAGAAUUUAAAGAAGAACUUAAUCAAGUAAAUACAAUGUUAGAAAAUGAAAGAAAAAAUAAUAAUAAGUUAGUUGAACAACUUCAAACAGAAAAAGCUUCAAUAGAAAAAGAAACUACUGAUAUGGAACAAGAAUUUCAAAAGAAUGAAAAAAGUAUAGAAGAGAAGAAAGUAUUUAUUGAACAAAUGAAAAAGAAAAUUGAUGAACUAAAGAAAGAAGAUAAACAAAUAACAAAAGAAGUUGAAAAAGCAGAAAAAGAUGUAAAAAUUGCUUUAAACAAACGUAAAGCUAUUAAUGAUAGAUUUAAUGAGCAAAAUCAUGACAUUGAAAUGAGAAGAAAAGAACUUGAAUUUACAGGGAUUAACGAUAGUUAUAAUCAAGAUUUAAUUGGUUUUGAUGAUAAUUUUCAACAUCAUAUCCAAAAAACUCAAAAAGAUGUUUUAUAUGAUAGACAAAAGACUGCUAAUAAAUUUGAAGUUUUACUUAAUAGAGUUGAAGGAAAAGAAGUUACUGAAAUAAAUGAAGAAGAAGUUCAAAAAAGAGUAGAAGAAGAAUUAAAACAAAUUAAUUCUGAUAAUAAGGUUUUAACUCCAAUAAUUUCUUCACCUAGUGAAUCAGAAGAGGAAGAAAUUAUUGGUUCAAAAAUUCAAGCUCUUCAAGAAAUUGAAGAAAUUAUAAAAACUGGUCCUAUUCUUGAACGAGAACCUGAAGAGAAAAUUAAAAUGAAAGAACAAAUUCAAAUACUUCAACGAGAAAAUGAAUUAAAACAAAAUCAACUCCAAAAAGAAGAGGAAUGCCUUAUUAAAGAAGAAGAAAAUAAUAAAAAAUUAAAAGAAUCAGUUGAAGAAAUUAAUGAACGAAUAUCUAAAAUAGCUGAUAUUGUUGGCUUAAGUAGUACAUCAUCUUUUGAUGUAGUUGUUGACAAAAUAAUGGAAAUGAAAAAAGAAUGUGAUUGUUUAGAAAACAAAAUCAAAGAUUGA